AAAACUGCUUUGUUGACGUCAUACCCUCGAUUUGAAAAUUACCCAGCAUGCAUUGGACUUUUCUCGUGAGAGUAGGCGCCAUUUUCGCGUGAUUGGAAAGGACAAUGAUGAUGUUCGAAGUUUUGCCACUUUUCUUCUCAUAUUUGUGUUUAUUUACGGCUUCCGCAGAACAUGCCGAACCAGAAUCUGUCCCCGAUCUUGUGUGUGAAAGGAUGCAGUCCCGAACUCUAGAAACCCCAACACCCAAGAUUGAGAGACUGCCGAUACUAGAGACACAACUACCAAGUGGAGAGGUGCUGCUGCUAUGGAAUCGCACUCACCCAGUUUUGCUGCAGCACAACUGCUUGAAACAAGUGGCACUAUAUGCAAGAUACAAAAUUUAUGUGACUCAAGAUCUGUUUAGCAGUCCUGCACAGCCGCUAAGUAUUAACCAAGCUUUGAUUGGUGAAACUGUUGCCAUAGUUACAGAUGCGACCUUCACCUCCCACCACCUGCUCCUGGCAAUCAAUGGACGGCCAUUUAUCUACAAUUGGACGUUAAAAAAUUUCAGUACAGCUGAACUGAAUGUGACAGGAAGUGGGGUCAUGUUGACAAAUUUGGCAGCAUUUCCUUGUUGCGAUGCUGUCAGCCUUUGGUGUAAGAGGAUGAACAUGGUGGCUCUAGGAUAUAAUGCUAAUUCGGCAACACUGGAGUUUGCAAGGUCACUGGAUGAGGGUCGUUCUUUCCACAUGACUAGAUUUGAAGGGGAGCAUCAGGGACCAUUGUAUGGGCUGACCGUCAUCAACUCUUUUUCGUCAGUUGUGGGACUGAUAAAACUGAAUGACACUGUAGUAAGUAUAGACAUUGCUGUACACAGAGCUCAGUCACAACAAAAGACUUAA